AUGGCUCCCAACGACGAAUCACCCGUCAAACGCAUCGGCAUUGUAGGCGCCGGCUCUAUGGGCAGCAUGAUGGCCCUGGGGAUCGCAGAACUCGGCUUCGACAUCUCCAUCUGGGACAUCUCGCCCGACAAUGUGAAAGAGGCACUCUCCCGGAAACCCGAAGGGGGCAAAGAUGGCAAGAAUGGGAAAAUCGACGGAUACACCGACAUUGCAGAAUUCGUUGACAGCCUUUCCAGCGAGGAAGUGAAAGUCCUGAUCUUCAGUAUCACGCAUGGCAAUGCGGCCGACGAGGUCAUUGCGAAGAUGGGCAACCAUUUAGGCAAAGGCUUCAUCGUCCUCGAUGGCGGAAACGAGCAUUAUCGCAACACGGAGAGGCGGCAGCACGAGCUGUCCGAAAAGGGCGUCGCGUGGAUAGGCAUGGGCGUCUCGGGAGGAUAUCAAUCUGCGAGGCGAGGCCCGAGCAUGUCCCCUGGUGGUGAUAAGGCGGCUGUUCAAAAGGUGUUGCCUAUCCUUGAAAAGUUCGCCGCAAAGGCAUCCUCGCCGGAGGAUACGAAACAAUCUCCCUGCGUGGCCUAUAUCGGACCCGGUGGCUCGGGUCACUACGUCAAGAUGAUGCACAAUGGGAUCGAAAAUGGCAUGCUGUCCACGCUGUGCGAAGCGUGGGGAAUCAUGAAGUAUUGUCUCGGCAUGUCGAACGGAGAGAUCGGCAAGGUUCUUGACCGCUGGAACUCGCAAGGGUCUCUUAGGUCGACGUUCUUGGUCCAGAUCGGGGCGGAGAUCUGUCAGAGGAAGAAGUCACCGAAAGGGGACGGGGAGGGAGAAGGGAGAGGAGAAGGCGGUUACGUCCUCGAUGAUGUUCUCGACAAGGUAGUGCAGGACGAUGACAGCAGCGAAGGCACCGGCUUCUGGUCAGUCAUGGAGGCGGCGUAUCGUCGUGUGACUGCACCCACCAUUGCAGCUGGUCAGUUCCUUCGCUAUGCCAGUGGAGAGAGGGCAGAACGGCUAGAGGUGGCCAAGGAACUUCAGACGCCACCACCAAAGCAGGCGGAAGAAGGGCAAGACAAGGAAGCGUUUAUCGAAGAGCUCCGGAAAGCCGUCUACGCAUCCUUUGUGUGUUCCUUCUGCCAGGGCCUCGAACUGAUCAGCAAAGCCUCUCGCGCCGAGGAAUGGAAUGUCGAUCUCGCAACCUGCAUCCGCAUUUGGCGCGAGGGUUGCAUCAUCCAAUCGAGCCAGAUCGCCGACAUGCUGGAGGCAGCGUUGGCGGCCAAGCAGGGAAAAGAAACAUCGGAUAUCAAAUUGUUGAAACCAGUCGCCCAGGCCCUGCAGGAAAACUAUCCAGCCCUGAAGAAGGUUGUUCUCAAGGGGACAGAGUGGGAUGCCAUGAUACCCAGUCUGUCGGCCUCGCUCGAGUACCUCAAAUAUGACGGAAGUACGGCCCUGCCCACGCAGUUCAUGGAAGCUGAGAUGGAUUUCUUUGGAGCCCACGCGUACGAUCGACCUCACGUCAAGGGUGAAGAUCCUGGAAAGGCCAAGAAGGGGGCCCAUCAUUACGAGUGGAGACCUGCGUGA